UUCUGACUCUGCCUCUUGUCACAGAGAGUUGGAGCUCCAGAGGAAGCAGCAUCACUGGCUGGAGACACAGCAUCGUCCAUAGACAGAGAACAACAACAACACUCAGUUAGGAAGGGAGAAGGAGAUCUGCAGAUUUAAAUCUGUGCUUGCGAGAGAGAAGAGGAACGACGAGAGGACUCACAAAGCAGCGAUGCGACCGAGGUCCAGACUGCUGUCGAAGAGGAGACUCCUGCUGCCCACAAUCAGAGAGGGCGCAGAGGAAACGUUGCGGGAUAUGAACGAGGCCAACACACUUCACAGCCACUCGUUGUCCUCGGAGGACUACCUCCUCUCCAUCUGCCACCUGGCACACCCCACCUUCCCCACCAGAGACACUCCCACUCAUAACAUCCACACAAGGCAGCUGGAAGCUGUGCACGAGAGGCUGAGGGCGCCCCAGCACAGCGGCAAAACAUCAAGCGGCUCCCGAUUCAACUGCACAGAAGAGGAUCAGAGAGAGAGAGAUCAGCAGGAACUGAGUGUUGAGCUGAUGUUUGGCAAAUCUGACCCUCUUGAGUUUCUUUAUGGACACGAAAACAACCUCUCAGGAGGUGUGAGGAGGGUGUUUGUGGAGGGAAAAUGCAUAGGGCAACGUGGGAGUGUAUGGGAGGGCCGGGCUCGCUCCAGAGCACACAGCAUCCCCCAUGCUUCAAGUCCAGUCCUCCCACGUGAGCGCAAAAGCAGCUGCCCGGAGGUGCAACCUGGCACUAACUCUGUGGUUCCAAAUAUCUCUCCAAAACACAGAUUCUCCAGGUUAGAGGCCCAGAGGAGGAGUCCAGUUAUACGAGGAGCAGAGGGAGAGAAUCAGAAAUCCACCAUCAAGCUGUCCUUCAUCUCCCAGUGGAUCUCUGACUGCAGGUCAGCAUGGAGGGAGGUGCGUGCGCGUGCCUGCAUGCUGCCCGCCAUCGCUGAGAUGUAGUGUACAAACAGACAGACGGAAGACAUUUAGACGUUGGUGGACACUAUGUGGACGUGUAUUAUGCAGAUCUAUAAAGUGAAAGUGAUUAAAUACAGGUGUGAGAACAUACAGCAGAGUGUGUUGUCAUGAUUGUCCAACUGUAACAUAUCCGUGUCAUUAUUUUCUCUUCGUGUAUGCAGGAAUCAUACAAAAUUGUACAAAAUGACCAAAUCUGCAAAACUCUUUUCUACCUUUCUGUGUUUUGUGAAACUGCAUCUGAAAAACAAAUAAA